CUUCUCUAAAGGAUGUUACAUUAUUGAAAACCACUGUUCUGGGUAGGACUGCAGCACUAGAUGCAAAAUUGAAAUAACCACUGCAGCACUGAAGAUCUGAGGGUCUUAUUCGCUUCCUGGCCCUUCUUUUUUUUUUCUUCCUCAAAGCACAUUUCUUUUGUCCUCUUGAGAGAAACCAUCCAGUUACUCUUUCGACAAUGUUUUUGCAGAAAUGGUUGGCACUCCUUUAUUUCACUUUCUAUUUAUGGGCAUAUGUGAACCUUUUCCUUCUCCAAGGUGGUUUGGCAUGUAAAUCUGAAGAAAGACUAUUUCGCAAAUUGUUCUCUCGUUACAAUCAGUACAUCAGACCUGUGGAAAAUGUGUCCAAUCCUGUGAAGGUGCAUUUUGAAGUGGCAAUUACCCAGCUUGCAAAUGUGGAUGAAGUCAAUCAGAUCAUGGAGACAAAUCUCUGGCUGCGACAUAUCUGGAAUGAUUAUAAAUUGCAGUGGAACCCAGUGGAAUAUGAUGGGAUUGAAUUUAUCCGUGUGCCAGCAGAUAAAAUUUGGAAACCUGAUAUUGUGCUAUACAAUAAUGCUGUUGGAGAUUUCCAGGUUGAAGGACGGACCAAGGCUCUUCUCAGAUAUGAUGGCACCAUCACAUGGACACCACCUGCCAUUUUUAAAAGUUCCUGCCCCAUGGAUAUUACCUUCUUCCCCUUUGACCACCAGAACUGCUCCCUAAAAUUUGGAUCAUGGACAUAUGACAAAGCCAAGAUUGAUCUUUUAAUUAUUGGUUCCAAAGUAGAUAUGAAAGACCUUUGGGAGAACAGUGAAUGGGAAAUAGUUGAUGCUUCUGGCUAUAAACAUGACAUAAAGUACAACUGCUGUGAGGAAAUCUACACUGAUAUAACCUACUCUUUUUAUAUCCGAAGGCUCCCCAUGUUUUACACCAUUAAUCUGAUUAUACCUUGCCUGUUCAUUUCAUUCCUGACUGUAUUAGUUUUUUACCUUCCCUCUGAUUGUGGAGAGAAAGUAACACUUUGCAUCUCUGUCCUACUUUCACUGACUGUUUUCCUGCUGGUAAUCACAGAGACAAUUCCCUCAACGUCUUUGGUAAUUCCACUAGUGGGAGAAUACCUGCUGUUCACCAUGAUAUUUGUGACACUCUCGAUUGUGGUAACAGUGUUUGUACUGAAUAUCCAUUACCGGACUCCAGCUAUGCACACAAUGCCCAACUGGGUCAAAACUGUCUUCCUCGGUCUUCUGCCCAAGUUUCUGAUGAUGAAGAGACCCUUACAGAAACAUGUUGACUCCCAACCCCCUAAACCUCUGAAAGGAAGUGCCACUAAAUCCAGCAAGCCCCAGGCUGAUGAGCUUGGAGAAGUGAAAGUCUCCACUGAGCACUGCUGCUGCCACUGUGACAACUCCAAGGACCUGGCGGUGAGGAAGCAAAGGAGGCCGAGUCGCCAAUCUGCAAAAUGGGAGGCUGAACCAAUAGAGUAUUCCCCAGAGGUUAAGCAAGUCAUUAACAGUGUUCAGUUCAUUGCAGAAAACAUGAGGAGCCGGAAUGAAACCAAAGAGGUAGAAGAUGAUUGGAAAUACGUCGCCAUGGUAAUCGAUAGAGUAUUUCUGUGGGUGUUCAUAAUCCUCUGUGUAUUUGGAACAGCAGGAUUAUUCUUACAACCAUUGAUAGCAGAUGUUUGAUCAUUGGUGAUGAUCCACAUGUUGCAUGUUCCUUUUUAAGAUGAUAGUCAAAUCACACAUUGGCAACAGGUUAUAGAACAUCAGCUUUCAUCUCAAGCCAAAAGAGAAGUAUUCUCAUCACUUUAAAAUGUAUUAAGCCAGCCCUUCGGAUGUGUAGACUGACUCCUGUUAUCCACAGCUGGCAAAACCUACGGAGUUCCAGCUCAACCUUUUUUGGAGGCCAGUAGAUUGG